AUCUUUAUCAAGGUACCACUCCAUCUCCAGAUACUGCUUAUUUAUAAUUUCUGAGAGGAGAGGCUGCAGGAGGAGUCUGUCAGAAGGAGAAAACCAACACAGGGGCGUCCAGAAGGCUCGCUAAAAACUUUGGAUAUGGAGUCAACAAACCUGUGGAUAACCUUGGUGUAGUUACAUGUUCGGCUACAUUAGUAGGCAUUGGGAACUAAGUAAAAUCAGUGAGUUUAGUUGUUUCGGUCUAGUUGGACGAAGUACUUACUUGUGGUGCACCAAAGACCUUCUCUGGAAAAUCUGAAUCUAUUGGAUCUCUUGGAUCUUAGUGGAUGUGUUGCUGAUACACGGAGACACGAUUCAAACACUUCCCAUGGAUCCAAACAUCCAGGGGUCUUUCCUGUUCAACAACAACCUGAACCAAUUCCCGUCCGACCUUAAGGGACCCGUGUGCCAGUACUCCGUGCCCAACUCUUUCUACAAGCUCAACCCAGGCCUCAAUAGCCAGCUGCAGCCGGGGACGCCACACGGCAUCAACGACAUCCUCAGCCGCUCCAUGGUGGGAGUGGGCUCCACUGGCACCACCACGCUGCUGUCCGGGUACUCCCCCAUGGGUGGCUUUGGCCCCUCCGUGACCAGCACGUCCAUGUACUACAACCGAGACUACAACCCCUCUUUGGGCAGCUUCUCCAAGAUUGGUGCCGAGUGCCCGAUGAAGGGUCGCAGCGUGAGCUGCUGGGCAGAGAGCACCUGUGAGUGGAGAGGACGGCAGCAGUGCACUAACAGCAGCGGCUCUCUUGUGGAAAUACCCAGCAGGAAGAAACACACCAGACCGACAUUCAGCGGUCAUCAGAUAUUUGCUCUGGAGAAAACCUUCGAACAGACUAAAUACUUGGCUGGACCAGAGAGAGCGAGACUGGCGUACUCUCUGGGAAUGACUGAAUCCCAAGUUAAGGUGUGGUUUCAGAACCGACGCACCAAGUGGAGGAAGAAGAGCGCCUCCGAGCCCACAUCCACGCAGGCGAGUCACGUCGGACAGGGCGGAGAGGCCUCCGAAAACGAGGUGGAGGACGAGGAGUACAACAAACCCCUUGACCCCGACUCAGACGACGAUAAGAUCCGACUCCUGCUGCGCAAGCACCGACGGGCGUUCUCUGUUCUGCGCCUCGGACCGCAUCCAGUCUGACCCACCGCAGACCUGCAUGCUGUGAUAUGUAUGACUUUGAAUACAGAAGUUUGAUCAAACAGCAGCUGCGCAUGUCCAGAAUAGAUCCAAUGAAGCCUCUCCAAAAGGGACAAACUGUUAUUACAUAAAUGUUUAAGUAUAAGAGAUAAAAGGUGGUGUUUGGAGAAAUUUGUGCUUCUGACAUUGCUUUGUAAAAACCUGCAUGAUGCUAUUUGUGAGAGAAAAUGAUUAAAAAUUGUUGUUUUUUCAAUUAACCUAAGUUGUUUGUGAAUAUUUUAAUUUUAAAGUCAAUCUUUUUUUUUUUUACCAAAAUAACAUAUAAAUAAGACUAUUCCUUGUCUCUGAUCUUCUAAAUGCUUUACUUGAGCACAAACCCCUUUCACUGCAAAUGUAAUAUCCACUCAGAACGAUGCACAAUAAAUUCUGUAUGUUGUUUGUCAAAGUUGUUAUUUUUUGCAACCAAAACAACAACAAAAACAAAGAUUACCUGCAAA